CGCUUAUUUAAAAUGAAGUUCUUGGUCCUGUUUUAUGCCGUUAUCUCCGUCGCCUUUAGUGUGGACGGAUUCGCACCCAGGACUCCAAAGACCAUCAGUCCUGUUGUGGACCUACAAAAAGCCGCCGCUGGAGCAUUUGCGGCCUUCACUAUUGCCACUUCAUCCCUGAGCGCUCCUGCCGCCGAUGCACUGACUCCGGUUUUUUCCUCCAGCAACGUUGUAGCGGAAAAGGUGACACGUGAGGGAAUGUACGGAGAAUAUACCACUGAUCUAGUUCAAACGUACGAUGAUGCGCGCUCGACUUUUAAGGACGCCAAGGAAACCAAAUCGAAAAAGGGUAAAUACACCGCUUUGCUAGCUGUCUUGAUUGUUGGAAGUUUUAUUAUUCCGAUGGCGCAGUACUUCUGGUAUGUUCGGGACGACGACUCUACUGAUAAAUUUUUCGGCCAAAAAGCUCCAGAACCGGAAGAGCCCCCGAAGAAGAAAAAAUGGUUCUAAGCAGUCUUACCGACAAACACCGCGUAGCUACUUCUAAUCGAUGCUUUAGAGACACCUUUUCUUUCUUAUCG